AUGACUGAACUGUCUGCUGCCGAACGCAUGGCCCGCGAGCAUGCCGUGACCCAUCAGGCCUAUAUCGAGCCCGAGGAGGCCCCCGUUGCCGAGCCUUCGACCUCGUCCUCGGCGUCUCAAGCUCCUACCAUCGCUGACAAGGUUGCCGGAAAGCAGGCCAACUCCAAGCCCAUUGACACCCAGUCUCACGAGCUCUUCCCCGAGCUCGGCUCCUCCAAGGGAAAGGCUGCCGCCGCUAGCGCCGUUCCCACCUGGGGCGCAAGGACUGGCGGCUCCAAUGGAGCUUCCAACGGAGCUUCCAGCGGUGUUCCUGCACCUGCCCUCGCCUCCGUCGCAAAGCCUGCCGUUUCCCUGCCCGGCCGCAACGUGGAGACCAUCACCAUUGACCCCCAGCAUGUCCUUCCCCGCCAGAAGCUCCGACGCCCCAUUCCCGACAUCAUCAAGGAUAUCAACAAGAAGUCCCGCGCCAAGAUCACCAUGUCUUCUGCUGCCAACGGUCGAUUCAAGUUUGAGGCCACUGGCCCGCAGGACGUGGCCCAGCAGGCUUUGAAGGACCUGGUCUCCCAGAUUGGCACCAAGACUACCAUCUCCCUUGAGGAGACUCAGGCUGCUCUUGACGAGGAUGACGAUGCGGAUAUCCAUGUCACUAUCGAGGGCAACACCAUUUCUGCUGCUUCUGCUCGUGAGGAGAUUCUCAAGAUUGCUCGCGAGCGUGCUGCCAAUGUCCAGACCAAGGUCCGCGGCAUCCCUCCCGAGUUUUAUCCCUUCAUCGCCGGCCCCCAGAACUCCCGCGCCCAGGCUUUGGAAGAGGCCAACGGCGUGCGAGUCCAGGUGCCCAGCCAUACUGCCUGGACCUCUCAGCCCCUCCCCGGCGCCGGUGGCCCUGGCCAGCGACCCCAGUUCUCUGCCGAGGGCGUCGAGGACCACAUCUCCCUCGCCGGUGACCGUCCUUCGGUCCAGAGGGCCCGUGCUGAGAUUGAGCGCCUCGCCGCCGAGCUUGAGAAGCAGCUCCACGUCGAGCAGUUCUCGGUCCAGCGUGGCCGCCACCAGUUCAUCAUUGGAAACCUCGGCAUCCCUGUCGAGGACUUCUUCGCCGACACGGGCUGCCACAUCCUCCUCCCUACCGAGGGCGAGGAUGACACCGUCACCAUUAUUGGCCCUGCCGAGAGCGUGUCGGAGGCGGCCGAGAAGGCCAUGGAUCUCGCCCUCAACAUGCAGUGCUCCAACUUUGACGUCUCCCGGUUCCACCGUGGCGCCCCCAACGGCGCUGCCGUCCACGCCCAGAACGUGACCCGCUACCUCCGCCACCGCCGCGAAAUUGAGCGCCUCGAGUCCCUGUACAACACCCGCAUCAACACCCCGUCCUCGGAGCACGGCGCCCUUCCCUGGGAGAUCUACUCGCGCGACGGCAAGAAUGCCAUUCGUGCCCAGUCUGAGAUAACGUCCAUCAUGAACGGCCAUCCCCGUCCCAACGUCACGCCCCGCGUGCGCGAGGACUUUGGCGUCCACAUUGUCGUGCCCGAGGCUGGCGAGGGCCGCGCCCCCGUCCUUCUCGCUGCGCCUUCCAAGGAUGACGUCCGUGCUUUCCAGCAGGGUCUGGAGGAUGCUCGCAACCACAUCCUAAACCUCAUCAACAAGCAGGAGGAAAUCACCUCUGUUGCCAUUGAGGUUCCUCAGAAGUACCAUGAGCGCCUUCGACGCUUCAUCAAGAAGGAGCAGGAGAAGCGCUCGAACGAGCAGAUUCCCAUCCGAGUUUCUUCCCUCGGCACCAAGGUUACCCUCCGCGGCCCGAGCAGUGCCGUAGCAAGCUUGGGCGACAAGGUGGAGAAGUUUAUUGAGCAGGAGAAGGAAGACGAGAAGGAGCGCGGCUUCAUCACCUCGUUUGACUUCCCGCAGAAGUUUGCCAACCACUUGAUUGGCAAGGGUGGUAGCAACAUCCGUGACCUCCGCGACAAGUUUGACGUCGAGAUCCAGGUCCAGGACGGCAAGGUCGAGCUCAAGGGUCCCAAGGCCAAGGCCGAGUCUGCCAAGGCCCACAUUCUCAGCCUGGGCCGUACCCUCGCUGACGAGACUACCCACGUGCUGAAGAUUGACCCCAAGUUCCACAGGGAGCUUAUCGGCAAGGAGGGCACCCAGAUCAACCGCCUCCAAACCCGCUACAAGCAGAACCCCGACGAGGUCAUCAUCCGCGGACCCAAGAAGGGAGCUGAUGAGGCGCGCGAUGAGCUCUUCUCUCUUCACCAAUACCUCCAGGAGAACUCUCACACCGCCACCGUCACCAUCCAGCAGAAGCAGGUGCCUUCUUUGAUUGGCCAGGGCGGUUCCGCUCUUGAGGAGCUCCGUCUCGCGACUGGUGCCAAGAUUGAUAUCCCUGCUGACCGUGAUGUCGAGCUCGUCGAGGUCCAGCUCAAGGGAACCAAGGCCCAGGUUGCUGCCGCCAGGAAGAUCCUCGAGGAGAAGAGGUCGGUAUUCGACGACACCGUUAGCAGGGUCAUUGACGUUGACCGCAAGCACCACAAGUCGCUCAUCGGCCCCGGAGGCGCCAACCUCCGCAACCUCGUCGUGGAGGCUGGCGGCUCGGACGACCGCAGGGAGUUGGCGAGGACCAUUCAGUUCCCCAAGCAGGACGCCGACGGCGACGGUAUCAAGGUCGAAGGUCGCACCGAGGUUGUGGACAAGAUCAUUGCGGCCAUCCAGGAGAAGGUCCGCGAGUGGGACAGCCAGGUUGCCGAGACGAUUGACGUGCCGACGGAGAAGCACCGCUCGCUCAUCGGCCGUGGCGGCGAGAACAAGACGGGCAUCAAGCUCCGCGGCAAGCCCGAGAACAUUGCCGCCGCCAAGGAGCACAUCCAGACCUUGCUCAAGGAGCAGGAGGGCGAGACCGUGCUUGUCCCCGGGCCAAGCACCACGCCGUCUCCAACAAUGGCCAGAUCUUCCGCAAGGCGUACCCUCGAAGCCCGAGACCACGCGCGCCAACGGCGGCUCCUGCCCCUCAUCACGGACGAUGAGGAUGCCGUCGCCGAUGCCCACUCGUGGACCAUUGUUCAAAACAUCUCGACCGAGGAGGGCGAUAUCCCCUGGGUCCUCCGCGGCUCCGCCGACAACGUUGAAAAGGCCAAGAAGGCCAUCCAGACGGCCCUCGACCAGUCUUCCAAGCAGGACACCACCGGUCUCCUCGUCCUGCCCGACCCGCGCACCUACCGCCUCGUCAUCGGACCCGGCGGCAGCAAGGUCAAGACCAUCCGCGGCCAGAGCGGCUGCAGGAUCACGGUGCCCCGCGACCAGGCCAAGGACGAGCCCAUUGAGAUUGUCGGCAGCCAGGAGGGCGUGGAGAAGGCCAAGGAGCUCAUCCUUGCCGCGAUUAAAGAGGGCGCCAACCGCUCCAGGGAUUAA